CCCGGAGCGCUUAUAACAACUUGGAAUGCUGCGCUUUCCGAGUGCUGCGUGCGGCCGUGGGGUCCCGGGCCGACGGUGGACGAGCGCCGCCGGCUCUAACUCUCCCCGCGCGGCCGCUUGACCCCGCAGUCGCCUUCGUUCCCAUCCUGAUCGCCAUGGAGUCAUUGGCUUUUCCUCCGCGCCCCGGCCCCGCCGCCUCGGCCGCCGCCGCCCUGGCCGCUGAGCUCGCCCGGCCCCUGGCCGACGGGCUCAUCAAGUCCCCCAAGCCCGUGAUGAAGAAGCAGGCGGUGAAGCGGCACCACCACAAGCACAACCUGCGGCACCGCUACGAGUUCCUGGAGACCCUGGGCAAAGGCACCUACGGGAAGGUGAAGAAGGCACGGGAGGGCUCCGGGCGCCUGGUGGCCAUCAAGUCAAUCCGGAAAGACAAAAUCAAAGAUGAGCAAGAUCUGAUGCACAUACGACGGGAGAUCGAGAUCAUGUCGUCACUCAACCACCCUCACAUCAUCGCCAUCCACGAAGUGUUCGAGAACAGCAGCAAGAUCGUGAUCGUCAUGGAGUACGCCAGCCGGGGAGACCUGUACGACCACAUCAGCGAGCGGCAGCGGCUCAGUGAGCGUGAGGCCCGGCAUUUCUUCCGGCAGAUCGUCUCUGCUGUAUAUUACUGCCACCAGAAUGGAGUUGUCCACCGGGAUCUCAAGCUGGAGAACAUCCUCCUAGAUGCCAAUGGAAAUAUCAAGAUUGCUGACUUUGGCCUCUCCAACCUGUACCACCAAGGCAAAUUCCUGCAGACGUUCUGUGGGAGCCCCCUCUAUGCCUCGCCAGAGAUCGUCAACGGAAAGCCCUACACGGGCCCAGAGGUGGACAGCUGGUCCCUGGGUGUCCUCCUGUACAUCCUGGUGCAUGGCACCAUGCCCUUUGACGGGCAGGACCACAAGACUCUGGUGAAACAGAUCAGCCAUGGGGCCUACCGGGAGCCCCCCAAACCCUCUGACGCCUGUGGCCUGAUCCGGUGGCUGUUAAUGGUGAACCCCACCCGCCGGGCCACCCUGGAGGAUGUGGCCAGUCACUGGUGGGUCAACUGGGGCUAUGCCACCCGCGUGGGGGAGCAGGAGGCUCUGCGCGAGGGCGGGCACCCUGGCAGCGACUCUGCCCGGGGCUCCAUGGCAGACUGGCUCCGGCGCUCCUCCCGGCCCCUCCUGGAGAACGGGGCCAAGGUGUGCAGCUUCUUCAAGCAGCACGCUGCUGGCGGUGGGAGCGGCGGCCCCGGCCUGGAGCGCCAGCAUUCGCUCAAGAAGUCCCGCAAGGAGAAUGCCAUGGCCCAGUCUCUCCAGGGCAACCCAGCCGAAGACACUUCCCCUCGCCCUGGCAAGAGCAACCUCAAGCUGCCCAAGGGCAUUCUCAAGAAGGCAGCAUUGACCUCGUCAGAGGGGGCAAAGGAGGACCCCCUGGAGCCCAGCCCGGUCCCUACCAGCGCAGGGCAGGCUGCUCCCCUGUUCCCCAAGAAGGGCAUCCUCAAGAAGGCCCGGCAGCGCGAGUCUGGCUACUACUCCUCUCCUGAGCCCAGUGAGUCUGGGGAGCUCUUGGAUGCAGGUGACGUGUUUGUGAGUGGGGACCCCGUGGAGCAGAAGCCCCCCCAGGCCCCGGGGCUGCUCCUCCAUCGCAAGGGCAUUCUCAAACUCAAUGGCAAGUUCUCCCGCACAGCCUUGGAGCUCACGGCCCCCACCACCUUCGGCUCCUUGGAUGAACUGGCCUCGCCUCGCCCCCCGGCCCGGACCAGCCGUCCCUCGGGGGCUGUGAGUGAGGACAGCAUCCUGUCCUCUGAGUCCUUUGACCAGCUGGACUUGCCCGAACGGCUCCCCGAGCCCCCGCUGCGGGGCUGUGUGUCUGUGGACGACCUCAUGGGCCUCGAGGAGCCCCCCUCAGAGGGCCCUGGGAGUUGCCUGAGGCGCUGGCGGCAGGACCCCCUGGGGGACAGCUGCUUUUCCCUGACAGACUGCCAGGAGGUGACAGAGGCCUACCGGCAGGCACUGGGGGUCUGCUCAAAGCUCGGCUGAGUGGUGGGGGGGAUUGCCCGAGCCCGGGCCGGCCCUAAGACGCAGCUGGCUGCCCCCCGACGGGAGCUGCCUUCUCCCUGCCUCCCGGGCCCAGCAUCCCAGCGCGGAAGGCUGCGGUGGCUCGCGGGGAGCCCUGGCGGGGCUGGAUGUGGGAAGCAGGUACACAAAGUACCUCAUGGGUUCGGUGUCUUCAGCCCUGUUGAACCAAGAAGAUAAAGAGAGGGGAAAAGAGUAGAGAAGCAGAGCGGAAUGGGCAGGCCCGCGGGGGAGCCGGGGUUGCCUGUUUCUUGUACACAUGGCGGGGCUGCGGAGCCUGGGCAGGGUGCCCCAUCGGUGCCUACGCCCUUAUCACCGUGGAUAAGUUGCACACAGCGUGCCUUCCGGAGCAGCCCCUGCCCGACCCAGUCCCUGCCGGGGUGGGCUGGACUGUCUUCACACACACACUCCCACCCCCACCGCCGAUGCAACUGGACUGUGCCCCCCUAAUGUGUCUGGGGGGUCCUGGGAAUGGCCUGGAGUGACCCUCCCUUAUUUAUCCUAGGUGUAAGAGAACACAACUCCUGUUUCCUCAAAGGUUCUCUCCGCUUUCCCCUUUCCCGUCUCCCCUUUCCCUUCCUCCCAGCCUGGCCCAAGCCUCCUGGAGUCGCUGCUAUGAACCUAAAAGACUUGAAAAGGCUCAGGCUGCUGUGUGAACUGCAUCUCAAGGGGCCCAGACUCCUCUGGACCCCACUUUUGACCUCAAAGACUGGGAACUUCUGCCUCUAAGCUGCUCCUGAAGUCAGACUGGAUGUGUCUAUUUCUCUGGGCAUUUAGGACCCUGGAAUGUCCAUAUUUAUUUUUAAUGUUCUCAACACUGUUUCAUAAAAAGUGAAUCUUGCUGUUUUCAAUAAUGUGAAUGCCUUGUUCUGCAAAAAUCCACUAUGACAUCUAAGUUUUGUGGACGGAGAGGUAUCUUUGCAACGGUUCCCACUGGUCACGGAGAAGGGGCUCUUUUCCAAACCCACAUGUCCUACUGCACUGUCUGGAGAUGGGCCUCUGGCUCCCCUCGCCCCACCCCUGUCUACCCAGUGGUCCCUCUUCCCCUCCUUGGUGGCCAGGAGGAACCUUCCAUUAAAACCAGAAUGGUGACCGGAAAA